AUGGCUGCUCAGCAAAUAUUAUUUAAUCGUAUUAGAUUAUUUCAUUUUUCAUUAAAUCAGAGUUAUUCUACAGCUCGACAACAAUUUAUUGAUUUAUUAAAUAAGGAACUGAGCACAAUUCAGGAUGCUGGUACAUAUAAGAAUGAACGAGUUAUCGUUGGUCGACAAGGAAUGAAAAUUAAAAUUAUGAAUUACAAUAUGCCAUUGUUAAAUUUUUGUGCUAAUAAUUAUCUUGGAUUAAGUAGUCAUCCAGAAGUGAUCAAAGCUGGACAGGAAGCAAUAGAUACUCAUGGUGCUGGUAUGAGUUCAGUAAGAUUUAUUUGUGGAACACAAGAUAUACAUCGAACUUUGGAACAGAAACUUGCUAAGUUUCAUGAUCGUGAAGAUGCUAUUCUGUAUGCAGCUUGCUUUGAUGCUAAUGGAGGAUUAUUUGAAGUGCUUACAAAUGAUGAGGAUGCAGUUAUUUCUGAUGAGCUUAAUCAUGCUUCAAUUAUCGAUGGCAUACGAUUAUGUAAAGCGAAACGUUAUCGUUACAGACAUGUUGAUUUGAAUGAUUUAGAACAAAUUUUAAAAGAAACUCAAAAUAGGAGACGACGAAUAAUUGCCACCGAUGGCGUUUUCAGUAUGGAUGGUGAUGUAGCUCCAUUGAAGGAAAUAUGUGAUCUUGCGGAUCGAUUUAAUGCACUCGUUUUCGUUGAUGAUUGCCAUGCAACUGGCUUUUUCGGGCCAACUGGUCGUGGUACAGAAGAACAUCUUGGUGUUCAAGGACGUAUUGAUAUAAUUAAUUCUACACUUGGAAAAGCUUUAGGCGGUACAAUGGGUGGAUACACUACAGGACCUAAGCCCUUUAUCGAUCUUUUAAGGCAACGCUCUCGACCAUAUUUAUUCUCGAAUUCAUUAGCGCCGUCCAUUGUUGGCUCUUCCAUCAAAGUUCUUGAUUUAUUGACCAAUUCAUCAGAAUUUACAAAUUCUUUAAAAUCCAAUGUAUCUCAUUUUCGUAAAUCACUUACUGAUGCUGGCUUCAACGUGAUGGGUAAUUCCGAUCAUCCAAUUUGUCCAGUAUUUUUGGGUGACGCAAGAUUGGCUUCAACAUUUGCGGAUGAAAUGCUUAAAAAAGGCAUAUAUGUGAUUGGAUUUAGCUAUCCUGUAGUACCUAAAGAUAAGGCAAGAAUUCGUGUUCAGAUUUCCGCAGCUCAUACAAAACAACAAAUCGACCAAUGCAUUAGCGCAUUCAAGACGAUUGGCAAGAAACUUAACGUUAUCUAA